AUGGAGGAGUACAUCUCCCUUGGUCAUAUGACUCUUUGCGAUGAGAUUGAAGAUGGCUAUUACCUUCUUCAUCACGCCGUUAUCAGUGAAACUACCAAGGUUCGUGUAGCGUUCGAUGCCUCGGCUAAAACGUCUACUGGCAUCUCGCUUAAUGAUACUCUUCUGGUCGGCCCCACAAUCCAGAAUACUAUCUUCGAACAAGUCCUUCGUUUUCGCACACAUCGGUACGUCAUCACAGCGGACAUUGAGAAAAUGUACUGCCAGAUUCUAAUUCAUCCUGACGACAGACAAUUUCAAAGGGUUCUGUGGCCUUACCACGGCAAACUCAAAACUUUUCAACUCAACACCGUAACGUUUGGUACAGCCGCUGCUCCAUUCUUAGCGAUUCGUACCAUACAACAACUUGCGCGUGAUGAGGCACAGAACUUCCCACGUGCCAGUAAACUUCUACUUCGUGAUUUUUAUGUUGACGAUUUCAUCUCCGGAGCAGAUUCUCUAGACGAACUUAUAACCAUUAGAGAUGAUAUGAUCGCAUUGCUCUCUCGCGGCGGUUUCGUCAUCCGCCAGUGGUCAUCCAAUCAUCGUUCAGCUUUGGACACGAUUGAUAGAAGGUUCUUUGAUUUGGAUUGCUUGAUCAAAGAUGAUCCAGUCCAGAAGACUUUGGGUAUCAUAUGGGAUGCCCAAGGUGAUCUGUUGCAGUACACUUUGACUCAGGUUGAUCCUAACGUUGUUGCAACCAAACGUAAACUCCUCUCAGAACUAUGA